AUGGGAAGAAUGCUGCUGAAAAUCUACGCUCUUGUUGCUGGUUUGGUUGCCUACGGGCAUGCGGCAGAUGCCACUGCACCAGUCGAGAUGCUGGACUGGGCAACAGGAUGGGGGGACAUGGAUCCUUCAGAGGAGAGGCAUGAGAAAGCGAUGGCUGAAGCUGCACAGCGGAGGGAGGAGCUAGCUCGCAAGGAGUUGGCCGAAGCUCGUGAAGAUGAACGCAUCGCAGCCCAGAAAGCUGAAGAAGCUGCCAAGGGCCUGCGCGGAAGCCCAGCACCUGCAACCAUCAAUCCUGUGCACAGCCAUUUGGAACCCGUUCCCUCUACGGCUGCCCUGGACUCCGCAAAGGAGGCUGAGAUGAAGGAGCGUGAGCACGCAGAGGCAGAAGAAAGAAACGCCCAAAUUCAUAUGGCCAGGGCCACUGCGGCAGCGCAGGCAGCACAAAAGACCCAAGAUCCUGAUGACAAGAAGCAGGCGCAGAAGCGUGCUUCCGCUGAGCUCGCUUUGGCCAAGCAAGCGGAGCACAACGCGACGGUCAAGCGUUUGGAAGCCAAAGUUGCUCAUGAAAAGGUUCGCUUCAUGCAGAUGCAGACGACGAAUGGUCUGCAAAUCCAGGCCACGUCUCAACAGCGCUACUUCUACAUGGCGUUGGGCGGCGCCAUUGUGGGGCUCCUUGGCAUCUUGCUCAUGUCGUGUCGCAAGACACGUAAGGCUGGCGAGACACUGCAGGAGCCACUUCUCUCGAAUGUUGAGACGAAGGCGCCGAGCAAAGAACCAGAGCGGAUGGGAGUCGGAGCGGUCGCAGCAGCAAGCAAAGCAAAGCAAAUUAUAGAAGCGGCAAUGCGAGACGGUCCUGGGCCACAGGAACCUGACUGGGUCAACAAUCAGGACGAUGGGUCUUCCGGAGCUGAGGACUGGUCUCGUGCUUGCAGUUGUCGAAUGCUGGGGCCUUGA